AUGUUUGUAUCCGGUGACUCUUGUUUUAGGUUGGAUGACAACGUCUCAAAAGUUGUAAGAAAGAGUACUCGUCAUUUGUCAGGUUUACAAUGUGACCUCCAUUAUAUCAAGAAAUUCGAGGAUUUAUGUAAUAAGAAGAUAUUGCGCACUGUGAUAUUGAAAAAAAUUUAUCUAUCUAGAGAUGAAUACUUGAUGCAUAUUCUUGAACAGUUGCAAUCAAUGCAGUACUUAAGAGUGCUUGAUGUAUGUGGAGGUUUUUAUAAUACGGAAGAAAGUCCUUGCAUGACAAAGGUGCUCAACUCCAUUGCCAAUUUGAAGCUCUUGCGACAUCUGAGGUUCGAUGGUACUAGAAUUAAGGAAAUACCUGAUUCAAUUUGUAAUUUGUACAAUUUACAGACAUUAAUACUAAGAAAUUGUGGCCUUACUAGGUUGCCUGAUUCAAUUGGCAAUUUAAAACAGCUAAUUUAUUUGGACUUAUAUCGUUCUUGGAUUGGAAAGAUACCGGAUUCAAUUGGCAAUUUGAAACAUCUUGGGUAUAUGGACUUAAGUUGGUCUCCGAUUGAAAAGAUGCCAGAUUCAAUUGGCAAUUUGGAAGAUUUAAGGUAUUUGGACUUAAGUCAUUCUUUGAUUGAAAAGAUACCCGACACAAUAUGCAAUUUGCAUGAGUUGCAAACAUUGAAGUUGUACAGUUGUUAUUAUCUUGAACAUUUACCAAAUAGCAUCACAACGCUAAUCAACUUGUGCCAUCUCGGAAAGGAUAGCGGAUCCAAUAUUAAAGAGUUAGGUGAGCUUCAACAUCUUCAGGGACGUGAUCUUCUUAUCAAAGGACUUGAGAAUGUAAUAAAUGAGGAAGAUGCUUCGGGGGCCAAAUUGAAGGAUAAGAAGCGUAUUACUCUACUUUGUUUGGAGUGGACGAGUGAUAGUGAUGAUUCGCAGCUAGCACGACUACCUUCCUUGGAAUCCGUCGUCAUUGCUGGAUUUAAUAUGAUGGAGAAGAUAGGCAAUGAAUUUUACAGUGAUAGUGAUGGUUCUUCUUCUUCUUCUGCGAUCACUAAACCAUUCAAGUCGUUAAAAAGCUUGGAAUUUUCAUGUAUGGCAGAGUGGAUGGAGUGGUCAGUGGUGGAAGUUGAAGGUAACAGAGAAGAAGGUGGUGGAGUUUUCUCAAACCUUAGAAAGCUUGAAUUGUCAAACUGUCCGAAGCUAAAAGGGGAGUGCUUACCGGAUUAUCUUCCGUGUUUGGAAACUCUUUCGAUACGGAAAAGUGACCGCCUGGCGACCUCACUCUCAGGGCAUCAAUACCCAUCGCUGCGUGUAUUGAGAAUAUGGACUUGUCAAAAAAUGAAGACAUUCCCGGAAGGGAGCUUGCCCUCCGAUAUACAGUCAAUUGAAAUUCGGGAAUGCGAUGAACUGGUGUCACUUUUGGAAGAGUGA